UUGUAUAAAAAUAUACACGAAAUUGUGUACCCCUAUAUAAAGACCAAAGAAAAGAAGAAGAAGCUGAGAAGUAAGCAAAAUGGGAGAAGCAGAGGGGUGUAGCAAAGACAAAAGAUGGAGUCUUCAAGGCUUGACUGCACUUGUCACCGGUGGUACCAAAGGCAUCGGGCAUGCAAUCGUGGAGGAAUUAGCUGGACUCGGAGCCGUUGUGCAUACAUGUUCUCGAACUGAAACCGAGCUCAACGAUUGCUUACUCGAAUGGAAAGCAAAGGGUUUUCGAGUUACAGGUUCGGUGUGUGAUGUUUCGAAUCAAGCUCAAAGGGAAAAUCUAUUAAGCACUGUUUCCUCUGUGUUCAAUGGGAAGCUUAACAUCCUGAUAAAUAACGUUGGAACGAAUAUAGGGAAAAUGGUGACGGAUUACACGGCUGAAGAUGUUUCGUUUUUGACGAGCACCAACUUCGAAUCGGCUUAUAACAUUAGUGUAUUGGCACAUCCCCUUUUGAAAGCUUCCGCCGCUGCAAGCGUUGUGUUUAUUUCUUCAAUUGUUGGUGCAUUACCUAUAUGUACUGCGCCUAUAUUGGGAGCCAACAAAGGGGCCAUGAACCAUCUUGCGAAAUUCUUGGCAUGUGAUUGGGCAGGAGAUAAUAUUAGGGUUAAUGUCGUUGCUCCUGCAGUCAUCAAAACUCCCCUCUCUCAACGCUUUUUUGAAGGUAAUGAAGAAGGAUUAAAGACAGUCAUAAGCCGAACACCAUUAGGACGGCUUGGCGAGCCGAAGGAAGUGUCGGCCUUGGUGGCUUUCUUGUGCCUACCAGCGGCUUCUUAUGUCACAGGGCAGCUUAUUUAUGUUGAUGGCGGGAUGACGGUAAAUGGCCUCUGUUUUCCAAAUCAAACUACAAAACAACAUGAGCCAUGAGCCGUGAGCCAACUCAAAUUUGUGCGUAGUUUGUAAGUUGUGAUGUUUAAGACAUGUAUGAGCUAUGAGCUAGUGGAUUCAUAGCCACCCUUUAAUCCAAACUUUAAUAAAUAUUAUUAUAAUAAAAAUAGAUUUUAAAUA